ACAGACUCAACUCACCCCACAACGCAACAGUGACGUCGCAUCUUGUGAAAGAACUUGCUGCAAGUGGCGAGUAUCCACCAAAUGCCAUUCGAGACGCCUGUGUGGGAUACUACGAGACCAUUCGAAGGAAGUUUGUGAACAGCCUCCCUGAGAACAAAGAAAAGGCGUUGAAACAGAAGAAGGACAAGAAGCAGCGGUCACGCAGACAAAGGCUGAUGGACGCAAGAGGCACCGCACUCCAAACAGAAGACGAAAGAAGGCUGUGGACUGGAGUGACGGUGGACCUCAUGUCGGACGAGGAGGACGCCGUUUCAAACGGGAUAGCUGUGUGGUUAAUGAAGCCGCCAGCGUUCAGAAGCACACAGCUAUCCCAACUCUGCGGCGUCCUGCAGACCCGACUGGAUACAGGCGGCAAACACAGCGACGGCCGCAAGCCAAGGAUAAGAGAGGAGGCCGCCGUGAGCGACAGGCAGCCCCCUGAGAGCUACGACCCCGACCUGGCCCCGCUGCACUUCCGGCCAGGACACCUCCCCGCCCGGCACGCCGCCCCGGCCUCGCCACCAUUACGAACACCGUCACCAACACCCCACCCCACAGGCCACCAGCCGGGCGGAGUUUAAGCUUCAACGACACAGACGACACCAUGUCCCCGCGCGCCCUUGAGGGCUACAACCAACCCUCGUUUGCUGAGGGAGAGGAC